AUGGAACUUAUGGAGAAGCCAAUGAUUAGAGGAGAAGAACAAAGAAGUGAACUGUUAGAUCGGACGACUUUACUGAAUAAUGCCGAGGUGCUGAAGGGGGCCGAUCUGGACGCGAUGCAGGAGACGAGUCUCGGGGCGGCACCGGUUUCGAAGAGCGACGACGAGACCCUGGCAUCUAGGAGGCCAAGGCUCGAAGUGCGCGAGGAGUUCCGACAUUUUUCGCAGUCUGAAGAGUCCAAGCCAAAGUGCAACGCAGGCCCCUUCCCCGGUGGUUACAGGCCCAGCUUCCCGUACGGAUUCCUACCGUUUUAUGGGCUGCCCCAGACGCCGCCGUCAUUCUCACCAGAACGUGCUCCAGCCGGUACGAAAUCUCGGACGGACGAGGCCACUUUCAGGCCAAAUGAAGCUUUCGCCCAUCAUGAACGACUCGACGCUACGGCCUUUCAUCAUCACCAUCAACAUCAACAUCAUCACCAUCACCAACAGCAACGGCAGCAUCAGCAGCAGCAACAACAACAGCAUCACUAUCACCACGACCAACAGCAGCAGCAACAGCAGCAGAAACAGCAACAGCAUAGGAAAGUUGUAGAAGCGUACGCGGGAGGAUUUCAGGGGGCGCCGUACGCGUCCUUCCGCGCCCCCUACAGGUCCAUCAGCGAGCAGAAGAACAAUAGUUACGCCAGGUCGCCACCCUACCCCGGGAAACAUCGCAAGUGGAGUAAUAGCGCGCUCAGGGUGCUUCAUCCACCAGCGUCGUGGUCUCCUUGGUAUUUCCGACCGGAAACUCCAUUCGCUGGGCCUUAUCGAAAUCAUGUUCUCAACUUGAAUGCGAGUUCCGAUUUAUCGUCAUUUACGAAGCCGCAAUUGGAUUUGAAGAGAUUCGAAGCUGUGCCAGAACGAGCCAACAAAAUACACGGCCAAACGCCGACAAUUUGUACGUCAAUAAGAUGUACAGUUACCGGCUGUACGUGCGAAUCGUUCACGCCGGGAAAACGUCACCUUCGUUGCUGCGAGAAUUGCCGUCACGGAUGGGUGCCACAUGAUGAUAUGAUACGAAUUUUGAAAGCACAGAUUUCCGAUGAGCCUACAUCGUACAAAUUUUGUAAGGGACCGAACAUGGACAGAUAG